AAAAUCAUCUUUCCCAAAUCCCAAUUUCCACCAAUUCUCACUCCAAUCCAAUCUCCAAAUUCUAUUACUCCCUCUUCCCAAUCAAAAUCCCAAAACCCAAACCCCCAAAUUUCCAAAUUUCUCACUUCCACCCCUAGAAAAUUAGGAACUUGCAAUUGUCCACCCAGCGGCACAGAGCGGCAGCAGCCAUGGUGGUGUUCGACAAAGAAGCCAGCUCCUCCACCAACACCCUACCUCCCUUCCCCCGAGAAGACACUCCACUCCUCUCCAAACCCAGCAAGCUCUCCUCCCAAUCCAAAACCUUCGCCAACGUCUUCAUCGCCAUCGUCGGCGCCGGCGUGCUGGGUCUACCCUACACCUUCAAGAAAACUGGCUGGGUCUUCGGCUCCCUCAUGCUCUUCUCCGUCGCCUUCCUAACCUACCACUGUAUGAUGCUCCUAAUCCACACCCGCCGCAAGCUCGACUCCCUCCACGGCGGCGGCCUCUCAAAGAUCGCGUCUUUCGGCGACCUUGGUUUCGCCGUCUGUGGCCCAAUCGGCCGGUUCUCCGUCGACGUCAUGAUCGUCCUCGCCCAGGCCGGGUUCUGCAUCAGCUACCUAAUCUUCAUAUCAAACACUUUAGCCUUCGUCUUCAAUUACUCCGGCCCGGACCGGAUUCUUGGUCUGACCCCGAAAUCAAUCUACCUCUGGGGUUGUUUCCCAUUCCAGUUGGGUCUGAAUUCGAUUCCCACCCUGACCCAUCUCGCCCCUCUGAGCAUUUUCGCCGACGUCGUCGACCUCGGCGCCAUGGGAGUUGUAAUGGUAGAAGACGUCAUAAUCUUCCUCCAAAACAAACCGGCUCUGCAGGCGUUCGGCGGCUUCUCCGUCUUCUUCUACGGCCUCGGCGUGGCGGUUUACGCCUUCGAGGGAAUCGGAAUGAUCCUCCCCCUCGAAUCCGAAGCCAAAAACAAAGAGAAUUUCGGGAAAGUCCUGGCAUUGUGCAUGGCAUUCAUAGCUCUGAUCUACGGAUCAUUCGGAGUUCUGGGUUACUUUGCAUUUGGGGAAGAAACCAAAGACAUAAUCACCACCAAUUUCGGGCAGGGCUUAGUAAGCACGCUGGUCCAGCUGGGUUUGUGCAUAAACCUGUUCUUCACUCUCCCAUUAAUGAUGAACCCGGUUUUCGAAGUGGUGGAGCGGCGGUUCUGCGGCUCCACCUACUCCCUGUGGGUGCGGUGGCUGCUGGUUUUUGGGGUGAGCCUGGUGGCGCUGCUGGUGCCGAAUUUUGCAGAUUUUUUGUCGCUGGUGGGGAGCAGCGUGUGUGUGGCGCUGGGGUUUGUGCUGCCUGCUCUGUUUCAUCUGAUGGUGUUUAGGGAUGAGCUGAGUUGGUUUGGGAGCGGUUUGGAUGGGUGUAUUGUGGUGGUGGGUGUGGUGAUUGGGGUGUCUGGGACUUGGUCUUCAGUGGCUGAGAUUAUUGCACCCAAAGCUUGAUUUUGGUUGAGCCCCUUGAGGGGGUUAAUAAUCAAUUCAGUUUUAAUUUGCUGCUGCGGAAUUGUAUUUUAAUGCUACAUUUGCUGAUUAUUUUCACCAAUUGUAACAACUUAAUGCAACGUGUGAGGAUCACUGAGACAGUAGAUAUUCUUCCUA